AUGGUGUACAUACGCCAGGACAAGCUCCCAAAGCUCAAGGAGUACAAAUACUCCGGCGUCGACCACAGUCUGGUGUCGCGAUAUGUGCUAAAGCCGUUCUAUACGCAUGUCGUCAUAAACUGCUUCCCUAUGUGGAUGGCACCGAACCUUAUUACGACGACAGGAUUCAUGUUCGUGGUCGCCAACUUCUUAACGAUGCUAUGGUACACGCCGACGCUGGACCAGGACUGUCCACCAUGGGUGUACGCGAGCUGGGCCAUCGGGCUGUUCUUAUACCAGACGUUUGAUGCGGUGGAUGGGAGUCAAGCGAGGAGAACACACCAGAGCGGGCCGCUAGGGGAGCUGUUUGAUCACGGCGUCGAUGCGAUCAAUACUUCGCUGGAGGUCCUGCUCUUCUCGGCGGCAAUGAACCUCGGGCAGGGCUGGAAGACGGUUCUCACGCUAUUCGCUUCGCUCAUGACGUUUUAUGUCCAGACCUGGGAGGAGUACCACACACAUACCCUCACGCUCGGCUUCAUUUCCGGACCCGUCGAAGGCAUUCUCACACUAUGCAUUGUGUACGCUCUCACGGCAUACCUUGGGGGUGGUAGCUUCUGGCAGCGGUCGAUGCUCGCAAGCAUUGGCAUCAAGAACUACGACUUCAUUCCCAAUAUUCUCUAUGACCUGGCCUGGAACGAGUGGUACAUGGUCUACGGUGGGAUAGUGCUGGUCUUCAAUACCAUCAGCAGUUGCCAGAACGUUAUGGAAGCCCGCCGUGCCCGCGGCCAGAGGACCCGGAUCGCCAUGCUAGGCUUACUCACUUUCGCUGCAGCCUGGACCCUCAUCCCAGCCUAUCUCUACCUCCAACCGAUGAUCCUGCGGCAGCAUCUUGUACCGUUCAUUUUCUACGCCGGACUUGUAAACGCAUACUCCGUCGGUCGAAUCAUCAUCUCGCAUCUCACAAAAUCGCGCUUCCCGCGCGGCAAUGUCCUCAUCUAUCCGCUCAUUUACGGCGUGGCCGACUCUCUCGGACCGUGGUUACAGAAGCACAUUGGCGUUGGCUGGCCGAGCGCAUUGGGUAAUGAUGUUUACCAGGUCGCAUUCGUCUUCAUGUGUCUUGGACUCGCAAUUGGCGUCCACGGCAGCUUUGUCAUUGAUGUCAUCUGGACGAUAUGCGAUUACCUGGAUAUUUGGUGCUUGACGAUCAAGUAUCCGUAUCAGCCGGUUGAAGAAAAUGCCGAGAAGGAUAAAAAGGGGCAGUGA